AUGAUGAAGUCUUUCGAACCCGACCCGAGCAGUCUUCAUCACGUGACGGAAGAGUCGAUCGCGGAGGAGAGAAAAAUCGUUGAAGAGGAAAGACAGAAAAGAAUCAAGUUCUUGGAGGAGAAACAAGAAGCGCUGGAGAAAAUCCUAGCGGUGGUUGAAAAUUAUCCAAGUGUCGAUGAGAUUUUGACGGGAAGCGAGGGGUUGAAACACGUCGAAGUUGAGGACAAUUUGAAUCAAAUUUCAGCUAAGACGAGCAGUGGUGCUUACAAAAACAUCGAGCGAGAAAUCGAGCGAAUCAUCGACCAACUUGAAGUUCUCGACAGUUUUUCAGACGAGGAAGAAUUCGACGAAAGUGAUGGUUAUUUCGAUCUCUCGCAAAUUGAGACCAUCAUAAGAAAAUCUGAAGACAUCUUGUCGACGAAAAUAUCCCAUCCGCUUGACUCGAUCGAUGGAAAAACGAUGGUUUAUGACAAGUUUGAUGCAAUAAGGGAUGAAAUUGAUAAUGGAGCUGAAAGCUACGAUUCUGACUUGCUCUACGAAAGCAGAAUCGAAGCAAUCGAAAAUCUCGCCACGGACUAUCCCGAAAUGACCUUCUCUACCAUCGCUAAUAAAAGUACUCAAACGCCCAUUCCAAAGUCGAAGGCAAAAGAAAUGGUGGCAACCAGUCUAAUCGACAAAAUUCCAGCUGAAAAAGCGAUGGAUUCGGCAAAACAACUUGCUGAAAAACUGGACAUUCGCGGAAAAUUAACGUCCUUAUUUUCAGGCUUGACGGAAAAACUCUCUGCUUUCGCGGCAAAAAUCGGGGCGGACAAAAUUCUAGCUUCGGCAGAACUGGAAGCGCUCCUUGUCGAUAAAGAAGAUUUCAGCGCGAACUUUCACCUCAACCCGGACGUUUUCGUCCAGACGAUUGAUCAAUUUGAACUCGACUGGACUCUUUUUCGCGAAUUUGGAACACAAGUUACUGAUGAUUUGAAACUAAACGAUGUUCUGUGA